AUGCAAAAUAUUUUAUUACCAUAUUCAAAGGAACUUUAAAAACUUGAAACUAGAAUUGAAAAUAAGGUUUAGAGUGGAGUAUAUUCAAAUCCACUAUAAGAACAAAUGCAAAGAGCAAAACUAAAUAUCAUUCGAUUAGAAUCCAUUCAUUUGAAAAAAAAAAAAUUAAGUUCCAAUUACAAUGAAAAGCUUUAGAAAUUAAAUGAAAAAUUAUCUAACCAAAUGGAAACAAGUUAGCAGAAAAAAGAAGAAAAAUUAAAUGCAUUACAGAAUAAAUUGAAAAAACUUAAUUAACCAAAAAAACCUCUUUAAAUGUCAUUUCAAGAAGAGACUAGCAACAGAUAAUCAGAGUCUCCAAUUAAGAAGGAAAUAUUAUAGACUCCUUAAAACAAGGCUGUUUAGAAAUAGGAGAUUCAUGAGCAUAAAAUUCAAAAGAUCAAAUUAGCUGAACCCAAAAAGGUUAAUGAAAAUGAAUUAUUCGAUUAAUUAAAUAGGAGUAUGGAUGCAGCAAAGUAAAGGAAAUCUGAAAGAAUUGAUAUUAUUAAAAAAAAGUUGCAUGGUCAAGAUGAGAUUGUUCAUUAACAUAUGGAAAAGUCGUAAAAAAAUAAAGAAGAAUUAGAAUAGUAAAGAUUAAAUUAGAUUUAUCAGAAAUUAUUGCAUCUAGCAUAAAGGACUUAGGAGAAAUAAAUGAAACAGCAGAGUAAAGAAAGAAGAAAAUCAAUGCAUUAGGAAUUAUCGAAUAGUGGAUCAUAAAAUAAAUAUAAGGAGUUGAAAUAGUAAGAUUCAAAAGCAGAAUCAAUUAGAACAGCGAGAUCUGUUUAAAAUGAUUAUAAAUUUAUAUAAGUGAGGCAGAGAUUAGAAAAAUUAAAUAUUGAAAGAGAAAUGUAAGCUUAAAGCAUUCUGGACAAACAUUAGCAAUAUUCAACUAGAAUUCAAUAAAAUAAACAAUUAUUAGAUGAAUUAGCUAAUACGUGUUAAUAUUAUAAUUUUAAGAUCAAAGAAUAAUAUUUGUUAUGA